AUGACUGAUUACGGACUCAACGACAAUGAGAACAAGGAUGGCUACUUAGAUAAUGAGAACGAUAAAGCGAAGGAGAAAGCGGAUCCUCAAGAAGCAGCAACGGCUUCAGAUGAAGGAACAGGAGUCUGUGAAGGAGCAGCAGCAGCAGCAACAGCAACACCAACAGCAAGGGAACAAGCACAAGGAGGCCGUCUAGAAGAAGCAACAGCAAGGGAACAAGCAGGAGGAGGCUUUCUAGAAGAAACAACAGCAAGGGAACAAGCAGGAGGAGGCUUUCUAGAAGAAGCAACAGCAUGGGAACAAGCAGAAGGAGGUCGUCUAGAAGAAGCAACAGCAAGGGAACAAGCAGGAGGAGGCUUUCUAGAAGAAGCAACAGCAUGGGAGCAAGCAGAAGGAGGCCGUCUAGAAGAAGCAACAGCAAGGGAACAAGCAGAAGGAGGCCGUCUAGAAGAAGCAACAGCAUGGGAACAAGCAGAAGGAGGCCGUCUAGAAGAAGCAACAGCAAGGGAACAAGCAGAAGGAGGCGGUCUAGAAGAAGCAACAGCAAGGGAACAAGCAGAAAGAGGCUGUCUAGAAGAAGCAACAGCAGCACGUAAACGAGCAAGAAGAGGCCUUCAAGCAGAAUCUACAGCAACUGAUGAAUGA